AUACGUCUCCUCAGUAUGGGGGGUUCUGGAUGGAAGAGCAGAAUACUGGUGCUCUUGGUCCUUGGCACUAUCAUCACUCUGUAUUGUCCCAUUAACCAGGCAGCGAAUAUAUUAGUUGUCCCCAUUGCUGGAAGUCACUGGAUCAACAUGAGGAUUCUAAUCGAAGAACUGAAGCUUCACGGACACAACAUCACUGUGCUUUAUCAAGCAGGGGCUUGGCACAUCACAGAGAGACCUGACCUGUACAAAUCCAUUGUCAUUCAAGUGCAAGGAACCACUGCGCAGAUCGACGCAGGGGGAAUAAUGCUCCAAAACACACUGCUAAUUGCGCAACGUGGGUGGGCCUUCUGGGGCAAAGUUAAGUCACAAUUUGAAGCAUUAACCUAUUUGCAAAAUCGUCAUAAGAUGAUUUAUAGGUUUAUUGCUGAUAUCUUUGAAAACAAGGGUUUGCUAAACCAACUUGAAGAGGCAAAGUUUGACCUAGUGCUUACGGAUCCUUUUUUUGGUACAGGUCCCAUGCUUGGGUAUUAUUUAAAACUUCCGCUGGUGUAUAAUGUCCGAUGGUUGGAUAGCGGGGAUGCACAUUCCCUCUUUGCCCCGUCACCACCUUCCUAUAUCCCGAUCUCCAGCUCGCAACUGACCGACAAAAUGUCCUUUCUCCAAAGAACACAAAACGUCAUCCAAAGUCUGAUUCAGCUAUUUGCUUUGGAACUUGUCAUUUACCCCAAUUACAAUGAAAUCUGCCAUCGGUAUCUGGGACCAGACACGGACAUCAAGUCGAUUCUCCUCAGAGCUGAUGUGUGGCUGAUGAGGGUGGAUUUUGUGUUUGAAUUCCCAAGACCCACCAUGCCAAACAUUGUGUACAUCGGAGGCUUCCAGUGUAAACCAGCACGGCCUCUGGCAGCAGAGUUUGAGGAGUUUGUCCAAAGCUCAGGUAAACAUGGACUUGUUGUAAUGUCAUUGGGGACCUUUGUCCGCUCUUUACCAGUGGAGAUUACAAUGAAAAUAGCAGAAGCUUUAUCUCAAAUCCCCCAGAAGGUUAUCUGGAGAUAUGAUGGUGAGACCCCUCCCAAUAUAGGGAAUAAUACACUGCUGGCAAAAUGGAUCCCUCAGAACGACCUGCUGGGUCACCCCAACACACGAGCCUUUGUUUCACACGGAGGCACCAAUGGGAUUUAUGAAGCCAUCUACCAUGGGGUGCCAGUGAUCGGCAUGCCUCUGAUCUUUGACCAGUUUGACAAUGUAGUCAGACUUGAAUCCCGAGGAGCAGCAAAAGUGAUCAACAUUGCAACCAUGCACUCCACAGAUCUGUUGCAGGCACUCAACGAGGUGAUAAACGGCACAUCUUAUGGGGACAACAUGAAGAGACUCUCCGCUCUCCAUCGGGACCAGCCAGAGUCGCCAAUGGAGAGAGCCGUUUUCUGGGUUGAGUACGUUGCCCGACACAAAGGAGCGGGGCAUUUGCGCUCAGAAUUCCACCGACUCCCCUGGUAUGCUUACUAUUGUGUAGAUGUGAUGAUCUUUCUGUUGUCUGUGUUACUCCUGCUCACUGUGUUGGUGGUUGGAACACUGAAGAAACUUUGUCGUAUUGUUUGUAGCAAAAAGCAAAAGACGGAGUGAGAUGACCCUUUUAGAGUUGGGAAUCGCCCUUUUUAGUUCUUUCACGUUCUUUAAAGCUGGGUUUUCUUGCACAAUGCAUGGAAGCUCUUUCUCACAUACCCGCAAUUUUCUAAAGAGAUAAAAAAUGUUCCUCCUCAUUAUUUGCUGCACCGGCACUUUGGCUUCCAAUGGCAUGUGCACAAAAACACCCAAGUCCAUUUUGUCCAUCAACAUUCUCCUAUUUCUCUCCAUUUCAAAUAUCUAUAUUACUCAAAGUCUGAUCUUGACCACUUCCUGUUGUUCUGUAUAUUGAUUUUAGAAAAAACGCUACCAUUUACGACUGUGAUUUUUGGCCAUCUUACUCAGUCCCCCUUCUCUGCGCAGGACAAGAGGGUUUUUCCCAUCGAUGAAAAAUAAAAGAGUUAUUAGUGUUUAAAAAAUGUUGAGAUUCUCUCUCCUGAAGGCCACGUCCCUUCCGGAGGGACUAUAAAACCCAGAAGUGUUGAGUGCCUCAGUCAUUCUCUGCAAGAUAGGGUCACAUCUCUCAGUCUGUGCUGUGAAUAACACUGAACACAUGUCUACUAAACUGUGAGUGGUUUUACUGACCUGUCAGUGACCUUAAUGUGGUUUGAUAAUAUAGUUUGAAAAUGCUAAAGCUGUGUUGCCUUUGGUUUGGAAAUGCUAAAGCUGUGUUGCCUAAUUAAAGUUGCCUUGCCUAAUUAAAGUUGCCUUGCCUAAUUAAAGUUGCCUUGCCUAAUUAAAGUUGCCUUUCUUUCUAUGUAAUUAAAAGUCUAAUCUUGACCACUUCCUGUUUGCGUAUUAUAUUGAUUUAAAAAGAAACGCUACCAAAUAUACGGCUGUGAUAUUUGGCCAUCUUACUCAGAGUCCCCCUCUGCUCAUCAGGUGCCGAUGAUUUUUGCCAUCGAUGAAAAUUCAAAGAGUUAUUAUAGUUUAAAAAUUGUUGAGAUUCUCUCUCCUGUCAAUCACGCCAUGCAGGCCACAUGCAGGCCUGGUGGGAGUGGGGAGGGACUAUAAAACCCAGAAGUGUGGGCGUUGCUCAGUCUCUGCAAGAUGGAGGAGGGAGAAGUCAUGAUGCGCUGUCUUUAGUGGCCUAGCACCCUGCUUGAAAUUGUAUGAGACUGCAUUGUAAUUUGGUGGCCUUGCACCCUGCUUCAAGUGGUAAGAAACUGUCGUGAGUGAGUGAGUGAGCUGCCAGCACAACAGGCUUGAGUGACUGAGCCGCCAACCCAAGAAUCCAUUCGGCCCACAAUGUCCAUACUAGCCCCCCUGGAAACCUGUCCCUUCAGCCCACAACACCAAUACUAGGCCACCAAUAUUGGAAUUGGUGUGGAGGUGAAAUAUUGCAUUGGGGGACCAGCCCUCCCAUGUGAUGCUGGGACCCAAUGGGUCCCACUUAGUCU